GACCCUCUGCCCCAGCGGGCAAUCUCCGUCUCCCUGGCCCAGCGUGCCCGCUACGCCACCUACUUUGACGUGGCAGUCCUGCGCUGCCUGCUGCAGCCCCACUGGACGGAGGAAGGGGUGCACUGGGCCCUCAUGUUCUACCUGCAGCGCCUGCGUCAGAUCCUGGAGGAGCGCCCGGAACGCCCCAGCUCCAUGGUGGCCACCGCCCCCUCUCUCGUCAACACCCACAAGACUCAGGACAUGAGUCUGAAAUGCAAUGAGGAGGAUAAGUCCCUCAGCUCAGAGACCUUCUCUAAGGUGUCCCUGACCAACCUGCGCAGACAGGCUGUACCCGACCUUUCCUCUGACCUGGGGAUGAACCUCUUUAAAAAGUUCAAGAACCGGCGGGAGGACCGUGAGCGUAAGGGCUCCAUCCCGUUCCACCACACGGGCAAGAAGCGCCAGCGCCGCAUGGGUGUGCCCUUCCUGCUCCACGAGGACCACCUGGAUGUGUCCCCCACCCGAUCCACCUUCUCCUUCGCCAGCUUCUCUGGCGACGACCGGCGGGCGCUGGAGCGCGGGGGCUGGCAGGCUACCAUCAUGGGUACCAUACCAGAUCUGGGUUCAAACACUUUUUGA